AGCUGAUUAGCCAAAUCAUAUGUAGGGACAGAAACAUAAAUAUUUGUAGGGUAUCCAUAAGACGUUUGAGGAAAAACCUAACCUGCGUUUAAAAAAUCAUUAUUCGAACCCAACGUCACUCGUUUAGCACAAGUGAACGAAACAGCCACAUUGGCACCAAUAAUAAUCUUCACACUGUGACAUGGCCUUGAGGAUGAUUCAUCAAAUAUUUUACCUUUUAUUACUCUGCUCAUUAAACUCGGUGCUUUCGAGACACGUUCCUCGCUACGCUGAUUUAGAUGAAGAGGAUCAACAACUUUUCCGAGCUGCGUACGACACCCCAUCCUACGACCAUGAUGAGUACGAGGAAGACGACGCUAAAUUGGACCUAAUGAAAGACGGCCUUUGGGCGAUCAAAGCCAAGAUCAAGGAGUUGAAAGCAUUCGACAAGGCCCUCGCUGCGAACAUGCUUUCUACAAAAUUGAAGGUCAAAGAUCUAUUGGAGAACCAUAUGGGUGAAAUAAUUAAACACAAUCAUAAAAAGAAGCCUCCUUACGAUUAUCAGGCACCCUCAUACCAGCCUCAAUACGGCGUACCACAGUACGGAGCCCCGCAAUAUGGAGGCGCAGCACCACAUUACGGUCACGAUCCCUACUAUGGACAUUAAAACUUAACUAACUACUCACUUACCCAUAUCAAAAAUACAACGAGCUAAGUUUAAUUAAACACUAUACCUACAUAGUUAUCAUACAGAUUAAAUAAACUAUUUAUAAGAAAUUAUAGACUUCCGCAACGCUGGUCGUUGUGUAAAUCAAUUCAAAUUAAAUUCUCCCUAUCUUCUUUGUUCGAAAGAAAAUGGUAUUGAAUUUAGUGGCUUUUGUUACAGCUAUCUUUUUAUAUAAUAAUAAUAUUAAUAAAACGUUUGGAAUGCGAUCGCUUUGUUUCAAUAUUGAUACCGAGAUAUAGGCUUGGUCUGUUCCUCAUUUGAUCGCUCAGAACUAGUGCCUGUACGUCAUAAGAAAGUGCAUUAAUAUAAUAAAGUCUUAAUUGGCAAGGUCACAAGCAGUGUUAAUGCCGUAGGUAGAACGCGGCGCGCGCGCAGAUCACUCGUGUACUAGAAGCGGGUCGCUUUUUCAGAUUCGUAAAAUCGAAUAGUGAAAUAGAAGUCUUCGCUUAGUUUUACAGAGUGUCGGGAGCGGUCGGGUGCGGAAAAUUUUACUAUCAUUGAGUUCGUUCCCCAAAAAUGUCUUUGUUAAUUAUACCUGAAAAAGUGGACAUGUCCUUAUCAAUACAGUAGACUGAUAGAGAUUAUUGUCACUAAGGACUAGAUCCUUGGUUGCGGCGAGAUGAUUAGCAACCUAUGGAUUAUUCUAAUGAUCGUGCCAUGUGCUCUGGUCACCUCGAGACCAAUACAGAGUCUAAGUAGAGAUGAGGCAACGCUUGAAAAACUCAACUACGAUGCUCAAAAUAAACCAAAUAAUGAAAAUGAUGAACGUGUGAUAUCAGUACGAAUUACUUCAUCUGUUGCAGUUGACCGAGGCGGUGGCGGUGCCAAAACAGCCCCCCAAGAAAUUAAUAGUAUUCAUGAACCAAUCCCUAAUAAUGAACAGUCAUUAAAUUUAGAAAAUAUAAAAACACUUAUUAAUUAUGUAGAAAAUGAAACCACAACGACUGAAAUAGCCCAAAAUUUAAUAGGAGCCAAUAUUGAAUAUAUAAAACAGCUCAAUGCGAAAAAAGAAACACUGAGCAAAGCAAGUCCAAUUCAUCCCUUUCAAAAGAAAGAUUACACUCCGCUCUUCGAAGAUCUUGAUUCUCCUAUUGAUUCUUUAUCGAACGAAAAAGAAAGUAAAAAUAUCGAAAACGAACGACCAACAGAUUCGUUGGCGGAAGAAUCGUCGAAAGUUGAUUCGUACGAAACAGCUAUACAACGCCACGAUUUUGACAAAAUUCACGAACCUGAACCAGUAUUAAAAUCUGUGAAUAAAAUACGUUCUAAUAAAGUACUGGAAGGAGUCGAAGGUCAAGCGUUUAGUGAAAAAUCAGGAUUGAUUUCAAAAAGUAAUAAAACCGAUGGCACCAUGACUGAACCAUCAAAUAAAUCGAUACACACUAUUGCGACUGAAAAUCUCUACAUUGAAGACGAAAACAUUGAAAACGUUCCAUUAGCAAGAUCUGUGUCCCACUCGCCUUCUUUAAAGAAUUAUAUUCAAGGUCUUAAACACGUAUCGCCUACUGAAAGGGGGAACAGUCCGUGCUUGACGACUGUCAGUUUUGAUGUAGUGCACGACAGACCUAACCAAUCUAAUACUUUUAAUAAUGAUCCUAAUAAUGCAUUCAGCAUUAUGAAUACAGAAGUACAUAAAUUUUACGAACCACCUAAAGUAUAUAGUCAACCGGCAAAAAUUUACAGUGAACCAGCGAAAUUUUAUAGCGAACCCGCAAAAAUUUACAGUGAACCGGCAAAAAUUUACAGUGAACCCGCCAAAAUUUAUAGUGAACCAGCAAAAAUUUACAGCGAACCUGCAAAAUUUUACAGUGAACCAGCUUCACUUCAUUUGUCUCACGACAGUCAACCUAAUUAUAUACCUUGGAGUAGUCCUGUGCAAAGUACUGUUAUAACGAGUUCGCCUUGGCAACAACAUUCGCAAAUUACGCCCUUAUCUAGUACAAUUAUUUCUACAACUCCGACAACCUUAAAUACUUUAUCAACUGCUUUACUAAAUACGAAACGAAUUAUUGAACAUUUGCCGGAAAAAAACUAUGAGGUGGAUGAGAAAGUUAGCGUUCUGACUGAUGGUCGAAGUCACGGAGUACAAGAGACCAGUACAGAGAAAUGCAAACAGGAUAACUGUAAAGUUGGCUACGUUGUGGAAGGUCGGCAGUAUAAGAAAUAUAGAGUUGAAGAAAGAACUGCAGACGGAUUUAUCGUAGGAGAGUAUGGAGUGGUGAGAAACGAAGACGGGGCACUGCGAGGAGUUCGAUACACGGCUGAUAGUGACGCCAGUCCCCGCCUCAUAUAUGACGCACUCAUGAAGUUCCUACAGUUAAAAUAACAUAACUGCUCACAAUUAUUUGCUCAUUUUAGUUAGUUAACAAGAGCUUUUACUAUUACUCUCUAUUUAUAAGCGUAAGACUGAUGCAUGUCCUUUGUCUGCUUGCUUGUAACCGACAUCAAUAUAAAACAGAACAAUAAUGAUUUUAUGUAAUAAUUGCAUGUCUGUACCUAUUUCCAACUCUUCAUUUUGAUAAUAAAACUUUUUUAAAAUAUUAUGAAAAAAAAGAUGUUAGGCUAUUUAUAGAUAUAUCAUUUUAAUAAUGUUUUAUUUAUGAUUUUUAGAAAAAAUGUAGUAACUCUUUUCCAAAUUCUCAUUACUUACAUCACAAAUGAAUAAUGGUGCCAUGAUAAAAAGCAGUAAUCACUUGCCUAUUUUUGAAUUCCAUAUACUGUUUCUCCUUAGACAUUGUUAAGAUGAUAGGUACACUCGAUUACUGUAGUUAGUAAUCUUGUUGUUGUAAGUCGUGUAAAUAAAUAAUGUAAAUAAAAUAAUAAAAUAUAUUCUCCUGUAAACUACAUUUUAUUUAGAACUAAAUAUAAAAUAACCUUCUAAAAUAUGUAAAAUCUCGGUCAUAAUAGUAAGGGAAUUUCUCGUAAAGCGUGGGACGCUGUGGUUCGAUUCCAAGUUCAUUCAUGGCCAGAAUUGAUUCCAUGGGCAAAAAAUUUCUUUGGAUAUGUUUCCCUUACUAUAAAACUAAAUUUGAAAGUAAGCUAGCUUCCUUUUCAUUCUCUACAGAUCAUAAAACUAAAUCGGGAGAAUCACCAAACCGAACUGGUCAUAGCCCUUAUGGCAGCGAGCCCAGUGCAGAUCGAUCGGUGGGAGCUUACAACUGCAGAUGCAGCUGGGAUAAACGGUUUAACAUGCAUUCUGAAGCACGAAGGAGAAGUACCAAAUAACAAAUUUUAAAUCAGUCAUCUAUUUUUUUUUCAGAUAAACUAACAAUGACUCUAUUGAAUUUAAAUAACAGGUAUAUAAUACUUACGUGAUAUGAAUUGUCACACCAGCGUCGUUUACGUGUCUAAAGUUUAAUUAAUGGUUCUUAAUAUUUUCAUCUCUAAUGAUCUAAUUUUUAUUUCAUGCUACAUGAAACUAACAUAACGCAAACCAUAAAUAGUAAACGUUCAAAAAUAAAAGGGAAUGAAAUAAUAAAAAACAUGGCCUGUGACAACUUCCUUCUUCA